AUGGGAAGACUGACAUACUUUCUGGGACUACAUAUGCAAUACAAACCAGAUGGCAGUUUGUUCAUCAACCAAUCAAAAUAUGCAAAGGAGCUGCUCAGUAAGGCAGGGAUGACUUCAUGUAAACCUGCUCCAACACCUUCAAAGCCACAUACACAGUUGCUUGUCUCAGAAGGUACACCUAUGGAAGAUCUAACAUUAUACAAGAGUGUAGUUGGAGCACUGCAAUACUUGACAUUCACCAGGCCAGAUAUAUCACAUGCUGUGAAUGUACUGUGUCAAUACAUGACUCAACCAACUGAUCCACAUUUUUUCCUGGUAAAACGAAUCCUAAGGUAUCUGCAAGGUACAUUAGACUGUGGCAUUACUUAUAUACCAUCCAAAGACAUUAAUAUCUCAGCAUUCUCUGAUGCUGAUUGGGCUGCAGAUGUCAACACACGGAGGUCGAUAUCAAGAUAUGUAGUGUAUGUUGGUGACAAUCCCAUUUCAUGGCAGUCAAAGAAACAAGCAUCAGUUUCGAGAAGUUCAACUGAAGUUGAGUAUAAGGCUUUAGCUAACUGUACUGAUGAUGUGUGUUGGAUCAUAUCAGUACUAAGAGACUUGCAUUAG